AUGGCCUUACAGAAGAGAUUAGACUAUGGAUUUCAUGGCUAUCAAUUGCCCCCCACACCCCGAGCCGCCAGAUCAGUCAGGAGGCGGGGCUGCUUAUUUAAGAGGAAAGCAGAUGACCAGCAAAUGUGCGCAUUUGACUUGCUGGCAACUGUAGCUGGGAAGUUACUUUUCGAUGGGGAAAAUUGUCCUCCACCAGCGAACUCGUCUCCUGCAAAGGAGAGUGCAGCUGUAGUAGAAGAGAGUAAUGCUAUUACAAAAGAAGAAAAGGACGAAGAUAAAGUAUUAGAAGAAAAGGGAGAUUCCUACGAAAGGAAUUUUCUUCUUACUGAACUUGUCUCGGAGGUCCACAAUCCUAAUAACCUUGUGUGUGCUCAUAAUGGUGUUAAAACUUCAGAUUGCGUGGGUCCCACGGCACAGUUGGUCAACGAUGAUUGUAAGCUCCGUCUUGGAAUUUUUACUCCAGUGGAUGUUGAGUCGUCAGGUUUUAGGCUUUCUAGUAAUUGUGUGGCCGAGGAUGAGAGUAUGAAGAAGGUAAAUAUAGAGUCAGUGAAUGAUAGAAAUUUGUCAAUAAGUGAUAAGGCUUUUCCGUAUAGUUCAGGACAUGUGGAGAAUUCGGAUAAAAAAUCAUCUGCAUUAGUUUGUUCGGUUGAUAAUGUAAAGUUUCAAUUUCCAAAGGACCAGUCUCCUUGUGGUUCUUUCCCUGUAAAGUUAGUUAGUAGGGAUGAUGACGAAAACUCUUCUGAGCCUAGCACUAGAAACAAGGCUAUUCAGCCAUCGCAGUGUUUGGGAGAUGGUAGGUUUAGGAAGUCGCUACCGGCUAAGCAUUGCAGAAUAACUUCAAAGGAUGAAGAACACUAUACUGGUGAAAGUAGCAGUUGUCCCUCGAAAGAUAGUGGUGUCAAGUGGCAAAGAUCUCUGAGGGAUUAUCCUUUCAAAAAGAGAAAGCUCUAUGGCUGUGGCUCGGUGCCUAAUUCUGAUGAAGGCAUUAUUAACACUGAUCCAACAUGUCAGGUGCCUGAAAGUGGUACCAUUGGAGAUGGACUCGUUUCUGGUCUUAAUCAACCAGGAGGGACCCCACCGCCGACUUCUGUACCUGGUGGACAUAUGUCCUUACAUUCUCGAAAUUCAAAAUUGAAACUUAAGAUCAAGUCUUUCAGGGUUCCCGAGUUACUUGUUGAGAUUCCAGAAACUGCCACGGUUGGUUCUUUGAAGAGAAGAGUAUUGGAAGCAGUGAAUUCUGUUCUUGGAGGUGGACUGCGUGUCGGGGUGCUUCUUCAGGGUAAAAGAAUUAGAGACGACAAUAAAACUUUAGCGCAAACUGGAAUUUCUCUUGAUAAAAAGAUGGACUUGCUGGGGUUUAGUCUCGAGCCCAGCUCCAAUCCAGCCCCGAAUCGACUUUAUCCUGAAGAUCGACCAAAUGAAAUGCUGUGUCAGAGUCCGCAACCCCUCCGAAGGUACCCUCCCACUCCUAGGCAACCUCAAAGUAGCGGUGGGCAGCAUCGCUUAGAUGGUACUAUUAGUUUUAACCAUUUCAUUGAAAGUGAUCACAAUUUGGGUCCUUCUCCCGGCUUGCAAAAAACGAGUUGCGAGUCGAAAGCACUCGUCCCUGUUACUGUACCCAGCUCAAUAAAGCAAGAUGCGCUGGCUGUCGUGCCUUUGCGCAAGUCAAAACGUUCCGAAUCGGCUCAGCGCCGUAUCCGUAGACCCUUUACUGUUGCCGAAGUUGAAGCUCUCGUCCAGGCUGUCGAGAAGCUUGGCACCGGAAGAUGGCGUGAUGUCAAGCUAAGAGCCUUUGACAGUGCAAAGCAUAGGACUUACGUGGAUUUGAAGGAUAAGUGGAAAACCUUGGUUCACACAGCAAGAAUAUCCCCACAGCAGAGACGGGGGGAGCCCGUGCCCCAGGAACUCCUGGACCGAGUGCUGACGGCUCAUGCUUAUUGGUCACAGCAGCAGGCCAAGCAGCAGCUCAAGUCUCAGCCCGACACUUGCCUUCUCCUCUGA